AUGGAUGUUUACAAUGCGUUUCUCCAAGGUGACUUACAUGAUGAGGUGUAUAUGACAUUACCUGAGGGAUUUUCAAGCCAGGGGGAGUCACCAGGAUCAGUCUGCAGGCUUAUCAAAUCCCUCUAUGGCUUGAAGCAAGCAAGCAGGCAGUGGAAUCUAAAACUGUCUGAAGCAUUAAUUCAGUCUGGAUUCACACAGAGCAGUUGUGACCAUUCUUUAUUCAUACAGAGAGUCAAUACCAACAUUGUGGUGAUACUUGUUUAUGUGGAUGAUAUGUUAAUAGCAAGUGAUGACUUGACACUCAUACAAGACACUAAAGACAAGUUGCAGCAAGCUUUCAAGAUCAAUGACUUAGGACCCUUAAAGCUCUUCUUAGGAAUGGAAUUCAGCAGGUCCAAGGAAGGGAUUAUCAUGAACCAAAGAAAGUAUGCCAUGGAGCUAAUCAGUGAUAUGGGAAUAAGUGGGGCAAAGCCAGCAAGUACUCCUCUAUAUCUCAAUAAGAAAUUGACAACAAAGGAGUAUGAUGACAUUAGUGGUGUAUUUGGAGAUGAUGAACUUACUGACAAGGAGAGUUAUCAGAAGCUCAUAGGGAAACUCCUUUAUUUAACUUUUACAAGGCUAGAUAUCUGCUACGGAGUCCAGACAUUGAGCCAAUUUAUGCAAAGGCCCAAAAUAUCCCACAUGGAGGCAGGAUUGAGGAUAGUGAGAUAUAUUAAAAAUCAGCCUGGACUUGGCAUUUUAUUGAGCAGCAGGAAAUCUGAACAUAUGCAGGCUUAUUGUGAUGCAGAUUGGGGGGCCUGUCCUAAUACGAGAAAAUCUGUUACAAGAUUUUUGGUAAAACAUGGAGAUAGCUUGAUAUCUUGGAAAUCCAAGAAACAGUCAACUGUAUCUAGGAGUUCAGCUGAAUCAGAAUACAGAAGCAUGGCUACGACUGUCUCAGAAAUUAUUCAAAGUGGUUUGAUCGAAACACAGUUCUUGGGAACAAGAGAAGAGCAGGCAGACAUCAUGACAAAGGGUUUGGGAAGGCCACAACAUGAGAUACUGUUAUCCAAGCUGGGGGUGUUCAAUAUUUUCGCAACUACUAGCUUGAGGGGGAGUAUUGGAGAUAGAAAAAUAGGCUAG